GUUCACCACACCAUCCAGGACCAGGAGGGCACGCCCACAGCUCCUGGCUCCGCGCCACCGUGCACGGCGCGCUCAUCAUCCACCCCCCUCCCCUACCCGUUCCCCAAGCCCCACACCACACCGAGUUCCCCGCCAUCCUCGCGGAGUGGUGGAGGAGGACCCCAUCGCCGUGCUCCGGCAGUCCAUGAUCACCCAACGUCUCCGAUGCCCUCCUCAUCAACGGCCAGCCAAGAGACGAGCAUCAUCCCGGUGGUCGCCGGCGAGACGAGCCUUCUGCGCAUGCAUCAUCAACGCGGCCAUGAACACCGAGCUCUUCGUGAGCCUCGCCGGGCACAGGAUGACCGCGGACGCCAUGUACUCCAAGCCCUUCGAGACCACCGUCGUCCUUCUCGGCCCCGGCCAGACCACCGACGUCCUCGUCACCGCGCACGCCGCACCGGGACGGUACUACCUCGCCGCACGCGCCUACGCCUCCGCCCAGGGCGUUCCCUUCGAUAACACCACCGCCACCGCCAUCUUCCAGUACAAGAACGCCCCCCACCACCGGCGCCAACACCUUCAAUGGCCCGGUGGGCCGGUCAUCUACUAGGUCCUCCGGCCACCUCGGCCGCCCCGGUCCGCAGCCGAUGCUCCCGUUCCUGCCGGCGUUCAACGACACGAACACGGCGACUGCCUUCUCCAACAGCCUCCGGAGCCCGCAUCCGGUGAAGGUGCCCGGGCCGGUGACCCACCGUGGGGUUCGGCCUCUUCAACUGCUGCCCCGGCCCCUUCUGCCAGGGCCCCAACAACACCCGGUUCGGCGCCAGCAUGAACAACGUCUCGUUCCAGCUCCCCAACACCGUCUCCCUGCUCCAGGGCUGCCAGCCCGAACGAAUCGUUCGGUGGGAGGUUCCUUGAAAUCUGCCGUUCGGCAGUUAUCAGGGUCCAAGCCCAAGUCCGAUCCUGAUUCUGCUCCUCAAUUAGACUAACCAACCCGCCGCGCCAUCAUAUAUCAUCAUAUCGGAACCGCCUCUUGGAGUCUGCUCAGCUUCGUCGUCUUGGAUUGAUUUUCUGAUCGCCGGCUCGCGGCGGCGACUUGUUAAUUGAUUCCUCGAUCGGCUCCCUCUCCGGCCGGCCAGCUCUUUAUUUUGUUAGUAAGAUGGCUUCUUCAUCAUCAGUGGAUUGCAUUGCAGCUCGCGGCGGACCGGCGCCUGCGCAACAAGAAGGAACGACGACGACGACGGUCAGCCUUCCAGAGGAUAUCCUUGGCCACAUACACUCGUUGACGCCGAUGCGAGAUGCUGCUCAGGCCGCCUGCGUAUCCCAUGCCUUUUUGCGUUUCUGGCGAUCCUAUGCCAGGCUCGACUUUAACAUGUACACACUAGGAUUACUGGAUCCAGGCCGCCGCCUGCCGUCGAUUGGUCCCAUUGACGAAGAAUUACCAGUUAUAGAGGAUCAACUGAGGAGGGGCGUCAUUGCAACAUUCGACGAGUACUUCGAAAAGAAUAGUGCUAUCAUAAAAGAAUUCUCUGCCAGAGUUGAUCACAUCAUGCAUAACCACGUCGGAACAGGUGUUCAGACAUUCAGGCUUGUAAGUUAGUACAAAGUUGGGUCAUCUAUUUUGAAACGGAGGGAGUACCUCCCUAUGGCUUCUACAUAAACCCUGCUGUUCUUGACCGCUGGUUCCAAGCUGUCAUCGCACAGGGGAUCAGUGAAUUUGGCCUGUACCUAGACAUGGGCGAUGAGGGGCUAGGUUACAACUUCCCGUGCUCCUUGUUAUCUAGCAGCAACAGGGGACGCUCGACAAUUACAUCUUUAUCCAUUGCUGGUUGCGGUCUCCAUUCCCUUGACAGGGUUGGCUGCUUGAUAAGCUUGUGUGUAGUGCAUCUGCACAGGAUGCGUGUUACUGGAGAGCAACUUAUCUGCUUCCUGUCUACUUGUCCUAGUUUGCAGGAUCUGCAACUUUCCUACUGCAAUGACAUGGUUUGCCUGAAGAUACCUCAUUCCCUGUCGCGGCUCAAAUUGCUACUGGUACGCAACUGCAACAGUUUGCAAACGAUUGGAUGCGAUGCUCCACAACUCAAGAGCUUUGGAUAUGAUGGGUUGCCCACAACGCAGAUCUGCCUUGGAGAUUCAUCACCCUUAGUGAGGGAGAUGAGAAUGUCUGGUAUGGAUGAUGAGCCUACAGGCAUGCUCUGUUAUGCCACCACUAAGCUUCCUUCAGUCGCACCAAAUAUUAGCUCGCUUGUCUUAUCAUCAUGCUUUGAGAUUGCGACUCCAAUGAAAAAGCUUAACAAAUUCCGCCGCCUCAAGUACUUGGAGAUACAGCUUCAUACGCCAAGACGUUGUCCAGACUUUGAUUUUUAUUCCCUGGUUUCUAUUCUUAAUGCUUGUCCUGUCCUGGCUACUUUCAUCUUGCGUUUAGAGAUGCGCGAUGCUGAUGAUGCCAUUCCGGGAGAUCCUGAUGGUGAUUCCUCACCACGAAAAACGCAUAUGAGGGGGCAGGGCCAUCGCAAGUUGAAGAAUGUGCUAAUGAGGGGAUUUCCUUCUGCAAAAGGUUUGGUUGAGCUAACAAGUCACAUCCUUGAGACCGCAGCAUCCUUAAAGCGCCUGGUACUGGACACUGCAUAUGGCUGCCAUACGAGGGAUUGCAUUGGCAUAUGCUCGCCUUUAACGAGAAAGGCCCUCUUGGAAGCACAGAAAGCUGUAGAUGUCAUCAAGACAUACAUCGAGGGUAAAGUCCCCUCAAGUGUUAAAUUCAGGCUUAUCGAGCCAUGUGCCAAGUGUCACGCCGACGACGCAUAACCUGCUUGUACGUUAGACCUCCUCCAAUAGUUGCAUAAGAGCUAGUUCAAA